UCCAAGUAAAUCGCAGAAUGAAAAGCCUCAUAAUAAUUCUGUUCAUCUCUGUGUUAUCUGACAAUCCAAGCUUUGUGCUUAGCGAUCAAGAAUAUUCAAGUUCCACCGCCGAAAUGGUCAGGUUACUUCGAACUAGAGAGUCACUCGCCUCAGUGCUCUACGAAUAUGCAGUAAAAUUACAGAAAAAACUGGACACGCUCGAGCUUUUUUCAGAGUAAUAGAACAAUUGGAAAAAUGGGGAAUGGGACAAGACUUUAGUGCUAUCAAGUCGUUUGCCCUUCUGCGACAUCUGCACCACGACUGGCCAAAGUGGUUAAGCUUUAUGCGGAAAAAUGAUGGAAAAGCCGAGAUAGAAAAAAUGGCAGGUUUUCAAGAGUAUUUGCCCUCGAAAGAUGAUUUUUCAGAGGCAAGGCAUAGCAUUUAUCUUUUAGUAAGUAUGUAUGAUCUUAAAGUUCAAGAUUUUUCCCGAGGACGUAUAAAUGGCAGGCAAUAUAGAUCGCGUUUGGAUGUUCUGGACAGUUUCGCUCUUGCAAAAUUUGGGCAUCAGAAAGGAUAUUAUCUGCAAGCGGAAGAUUGGUUUAAAAUGACUGAGAUUUUCUAUUUUUUUGCCUUUUCUAAACCACUGGAGGUUAUGGGCUUUAACUUUGCCCAAGCAUGGCAAUUAUAUGCAAGAAACCUUUUAGAUAUGAAUAAAAAAGUUUCCGCCUUGAAAGUUCUGAGAGAAGCCUUGACUUGGGCAUCCCACGACGUGGUUAUCGAACGCCAAAUAAAUGAACUAAAGGGGGAUCUCUAUCAGCUUGGACAACCAAAAAAAGAUCAGUAUGAGGAGUUUUACCCCGCCCACAAAGAUGGAUGUCGGGGUCUUUUUGAAGAUUCCAACGAUUUAAGCUGCCAUUACGACUUCACAACUCAUCCCUUCCUGCGAUUGGCACCAUUCAAGGUGGAGGUUCUCAACGAGGAUCCAUUUGUGGCCAAAUACUAUGAUGUGAUAUAUGACAACGAGAUUUCGGAACUAAAGAAUAUUACCAUUCCGGUUAUGACACGAUCGUCUACCGUCAAUAGGGAAUCGUAUGAAAUGAAAAAGAACCCUGGUCGCACCUCCAAAGGACACUUCCACCCCUCCAAUUCCAGUUGGGUAGUUAAAAGUAUAAAUCAAAGGAUUAGCCAAAUUACGGGAUUUGGCCUUCGAACCAAGAAAUCAGGCGAUAGUAUCUUGGUGCUCAACUACGGUUUGGGCGGGCAGUAUUUGCCCCAUUACGAUACUCUUGGCGCGAAUAGUACAAUAUAUAUCUCGGAGGGCGAUAGACUAGCCACCGUGAUUUUCUACCUAAGUGACGUGGAGCAAGGUGGCUUGACAGUUUUUCCCCAUCUCCAGAUCAGCCAUACUCCCCAAAAAGGAACCGCCUUACUGUUCUAUAACUUGAACCCCAAAACCCUUCAAAAGGACAAAUACUCUGCACACAGCGCCUGUCCCGUUUUAAUGGGCUCCAAAUGGGUUUCAGCCACCUGGAUAUAUUCUGCGGAUCAAAUGUUCCACUUACCCUGCGCUCUGCAAUAUGAUAACGAUGAUGAUUCAUUUGAAGAUCUUGAGGAUUACUAAUACUAGUAAGCCGGCGGAAGAAAGAGAUGAGGGUGGAAGGAGGAGGACCCAUUGUAUCGUAUGAUUUUCCGCCUUUGAUUUUGCGCCCUCAUAAUGGGACAGUGCCACGCUUACUAAUUGAGCUCAAUUGAGAGAGGCUUGUAUAGCCGGUACUGGUAGGUUCCAGGGGUAUAUUGAAUUUACUUAAAAGUAAGAAAGUCUUAUGUUAUCCCCUAAUGCUAAUAAUAGAUUCGGUUUUUAUAAACAU